AUGGCCAGUGCAAAAGUUAAAACACAAGACGAAGAUGAGGUUAUAAUUGAAGAAGAGAUUGGUGUUUUCGAACAAACAAUCAAACAAGUGUCGGCACCAACGACAGAAAAACGUAAACGAGAUGAUGAACUUCCUACUGGGUCACCCAGUAAAUAUGCAUCUAAUUCAGACAGGAAUCGUUCGGGUACAACAACAGCAGAGCUGGAUGCAUUACCAGUUCCAUUUUGGAAAAAAUUAAAUUAUAGACAACCAUUUUUUGAAACUAAUGAAAUUGGUUUCUUUUCAUUAAUAAAUCGUGCAGAUGAAAAAGAAUGUUUUGAUGAUAAACGUUAUCUUCGAGUUUAUAAAUAUCCAGUUCAAACACUUAAUGUUAAUUUUGAUUUAAAAAUCGGUGAAUUAGAUUUUACAUCUGAUGAACAAAGUAAAAAUAUAAAUGCAAUGCUUUGGUGGACAUUAAAACAUAAAGAUACUAUUCUUAAAAAUAAUAAAUUUACAUUUGAUUUCUUAUCAUGGCGUGGUGUUCUUCGUCUGAUUAUGUUUUCAAUAUUUGAAAAACAUUCCGAUUGGUUAUUAGCUGUUAUUAAAUUUAAAAAUGCGUAUUUUCUAUGUGAAUAUGUAACUGAUAAUCAAAUAAAAGAAGAACAAAAUAUGACACCACAACAUCGUUCAUUCUGUUAUUAUGGUCAUAAAUUUGAAGAAUAUGUUACUAAAAAUAAUACAUCAAUUGAAACACUAAAUCCUUCAAAGCAAUUUUCCGGAGUGUUUCAAUCGACUAUAGGUUCUCAUCGUUUAUUAUAUGGUGCUGAAAUGGAUUGUGUAAUCGAAAGAUCUUCAUCAACAACUGAACAUAUAGAACUUAAAGUUUGUGCUGGAAAAACAGUCGAUGAUCUACCAUUUCGUUAUAAUCGAAAAUUUGCUAAAUGGUGGAUUCAAUGUUUUCUUGUCGGUAUUAAAACAAUGAUUAUUGGUCUAAGAGACGAUAACGGAAUUGUUAAUACACUUACACCACUCAAUAUUUCUCAAAUGGAACAAGCAGCAGAAACAUGGACUCGUCAAUCAUUUUUCAAUUUCUUUUUAAGUUUUGCUGAUUUUCUUAAACAACAUGUUACCAAUGAAUAUUCACUUGAUCAAAAAGAUGUUGUCUUAUUUCAUUUCGAACCAUCUUCACAAAGAAUUACAAUGAAAAAAUCAUCGGAUUCGAAAUAUCAUUUCAUUCCUGAUUGGUUCUUCAAUGGAUUUCAAUAG